GAGCCUCUGAGUCUAAACUCAAGUAACAAGAACAUCUGAAACAGGUUCAAAUUAUAUAUUGACAAAUUACACAGAAGAGUGUUGAUUUACCUUAAAGAGAUAGUUCAUCCAAAAAUUUUAAUUCUGACAUCAUUGACUCAUGCACAACACGUUGGGUGAAAUAGUAAAUUACACCUGUCACCAAGCAACAGAGGCUAAACAGAAAACCAAGCAUAUUCAGCAGGCCCUGUGGAGUUUUUCAUAUCUAGAUGGGGAAAAAAGUCAAAAAAGAGGCCGAGCCAUUCCCGAAAGAUGUGUUCGACCCUCUACCCAUCGAGAGCAAAACAGCAGCGACCGCGGUUCUCAUGCUGAGCUCUCCUGAAGAAGAGGUGCUGGCAAAAGCUUGUGAAGCGAUCCACAAAUUCGCAGAAAAAGGUGAUGAGAAUAAGACUUCUUUGAUGUGCUUGGGAGCGAUUGAACCUCUUUCUCGUCUCAUAUCUCACGAGGACAAGACUGUGCGCAGGAAUGCUGUCAUGGCUCUGGGCGUCAUGUCUUCUAACAAUGAAGUUAAAAAGUGUUUGAAGACACUGGAUGUGAUACCUGCAGUCAUCAGCAAACUGUCACCUGAAGAGAAUGUUGUGGUCCAUGAGUUUGCCACAUUGUGUUUGACGUCAUUGUCAGUGGACUUCUCCUGCAAGGUCCAGAUAUUUGACCACAACGGACUUGAACCUCUUAUCCAGCUCUUGUCUAGCCCGGAUCCUGAUGUGAAGAAAAAUUCUGUGGAGUGCAUAUUGAAUCUUGUACAAGACAUUCAGAAUCGUGCGGCUGUGCAGCGUCUAAAUGGACUCCCCCCACUUCUGGAUCUGCUGCGCUCAGAGUUCCCAGUUAUUCAGCAACUUGCACUGCGCACCACAGAGAUCAUCACCACUGACAGUGACACCCGUGUGGCCUUUAGAAAUGCACAGGGCUUUGACAGAAUCCUGGAGCUCCUUGCAACCAAAGAGUUUAGUGAUCUUCAUGAGGGGGCUCUCAGGGUUAUCUGUAAAUGUCUGGAAGACAGCGAGUCCAUGCAGCUGAUUCAGACGAUGGGCGGUCUGGAACAGAUACUGCAGUUUGUUGGCGCGGCCACACUGCCUAAGCAGGCUAAUGCAGUCAAAGCCAUAGCCAGGAUGGCACAGAGCAAUGAGAACAGAAACAUUCUGCAUAACCGGAAUGUAGAAAAAGCCCUCACUGAACUUCUAAUGCAGGAGAAUGAGAGUGUACGUACUGCUGUUUGCCAUGCUGUGGCAGCAAUGAGCAAAAACCUCUCCAGCAAGGAGACCUUCAGAUGCUUGGAUGCGAUCGGGCCCAUUGUGCAGCUGCUGAACAGUGAAGCAAGUGAGCUGAGAACGGCCGCCGCAGAGGCCCUGUCCAGCCUGACCAACAGCAACAAUCUCAAUGCUUAUGCUAUACAUGAUGCAGGGGGUGACAAGCUCUUGGUGCAACAGCUGCGAGACAGCUGCACGGGAGCAGCUGUGUAUGCGGCAUCAGUCUUGACAAACAUGGCAUCACAGGAGGAGCUGCGCAGAAGCAUUCUGGCCCAUGAAGCUAUCCCAGCAUUAGUGGAGCUGCUACACUCCACUGACAACAACACACUCAUCAGUGCAAUGCAGGCUGUGGCUUCACUGGCCUGUGAUGCAGAAGCCAGGCUAGAGCUGAAAAAUGUUGGAGGCCUGUCACCUUUAGCUCAACUGCUUAAAUCAGUCCAUCCUGAAAUUCGGAGAAAUGCUUGCUGGGCAAUUAGUGUGUGUGCAAAUGAUGAAUUAACAGCCCUAGACUUGUGCAAUGCUGGAGCUCUAGAGAUACUCCAGGAAAUCAACCUGUCACCACACCGUAACAACAAAUUUAGUGAGCUGGCACUACAGAAGCUUCUGGACAGCAGUUUAUCGUUGAAGUAUUGUCUGACAGGACACCUGUCAGCCAGCGAUAUAACCACUGAUGGCUUCUACGACCGUGGACAGAUAAGAAUGGGCCAUCAGGUUCCUAGCUUAGAGGAUAUAUCAAAACAAGGGGUCAACCAACAUCGAGCCAUUAUUGCGGUUAACGGGAAGCCCCCGGAUCAAUUUAUUACCAAGGGACCAGAUGAUCGUAAGCCAGACAGUCCAACAGAAACUACGUCCUCAUCUGUUAUGAGCAGCACAAGGAGCAGCAAAACACCAAGUAAAAUGAAGGGAAAGGGUAACAAAGAGGAUGAGAAAAAGAAGGAUGAGGAUGAGAGUAAGUCACAGCAGGAGACGGUGGUAGAUGAAGCAUGGAGCUUUCCGUAUGACGCUGCAUUUCAUAACCUUCUCAAGGAGGCUGUCGAAUCCAUCUCGACACUUCAGGAUGAGGUCAAAAUGUAUACGGCUUUGGCCAUGUUAGUGUGUGAGGCAAUGGGUGGCCAAGUUGAGCCAGAGAAGCUGCAUGACUUCCUAUGGGAACUGCACAUUAGUGAGCUGAAGUUUGAAGCCUGUUCAAACAUCGUUCUCAUUGGAAAAAUAAAAAAAGGCACCUACUUUCAUAGAGCGUUGCUUUUCAAGGUUCUUGCAGACCGAAUUGGGCUGAGCUGCAGUCUUAUUAGAGGAGAAUACAACCGUGCCUGGAACGAAAUCCUCAUCACUGGUCCAAAGAAACGUCAUGGAUACUCUAAGCCUGAAAGCUAUAUUAUAGAUCUCAUGCACCAACCUGGAAACCUCAUGAAAAGCAACUCACCAGCUGCUCUUGCAUAUCAGACCAUUUAAUAGCAAUAUAUGGUGUCUUGAGUAACAAUAAGGGGGGUGGAAGCGGUUAAAGGGUUAGUUCACCCAAAAAUGAAAAUUCUGUGAGUAUUUACUC